UAUCAUAUUAAUAUUUGAUUUUUAUUAUUUAUUUAAAUUUAAAAGAAAAAUGGUAUUUUUAACUGCACAGUUAUUUGUGAGAUGUCGGGGUCCUGAUGAAUUCUGGCGAAAACGACAAAUAUUCAAACUUGCUGCGCAUUAUAUUGGAAGAAGAAGAAAUUGCUAUAGCUUAACUAUUAAAAGUGUACAUAGAGCAUUGCAAUUUUCUACAAAAGGAAGAAAACUUAAAAAACAAGAUAUGAGAGAGCUUUGGGAAACUAGAAUAAAUGCUGCUACAAAUGAACAUGGUAUUGGUUUAAAAGUGCUAUUAGAAGGAUUAAGUAGAUGUAAUGUAUUAUUAAAUCGUAAAUCAUUAGCAAUUUUGGCUAUUUGGGAACCACGAACAUUUAAAUGUUUAUCUGAUAUUGCUUGUGCAAAGGCAAAACUUGGAGGUGAUCCAAAAGUUGCCAAUAAUUCUAUGCCUGAAAAUGUUAUGAUUAAAGGAUUAGUUGAUGAAUUAGAUUAAAAGGUUAAAUAAAUUGUGAAACUUA